AUGACCCCGCUUGCACGAAGCUUCUCCAAAGAAACAGGCUGCGGUAGUCCAAACGCCCAUCAUAGCUUUGGUAUACGGAACCCUGAGAAGAUGAAUUUCACCGGCCACCCUUCCGCACCCUCUGGGCCCAGAUCCUACCAGGGCAAUGGAGGUGCUCGAAACAACCGUGCAAACAACAAUCCCAACGGUAAUGCAUCUUUCGCGGCCAAUGGACCCAGGUCUUACCAGAGCAAUGGAGGUGCUCAAAACAACCGUGGAAACAACAACUACAAUGGCAAUGCCAACGGCAACCGGAACAACCGAUGGAACGGCAAUGGCAAUCACAACAACCAGCGGGACAAUUAUCAAAACGGGUCUGGCAAUUUCAACCCUACCAACAAUGGCACUGGCAAUGCCAACCCCAGCAGUCCCAAUUACAAGGGCAAGAACUUCAACCCCAACUACAAGGGGAAGAAUUACAACCCGAACUUCAAUCGUCCCGUUCCGGCAAACAUUGGUCAGGUUCGAAAUGGCAAUCGGAGACGUCAACCCAACAACAACCAUCGGGGUCUCCAGAGCCAGGACAUCCAAUACAACAUCGACGUUCAGAUGGCUGAGGCACCAUCGGAUGAGCCAAAUGACAUCGAGAUGCCUGACGCGCCACCUCUUCCGGAUCCAAUGAGUGAUCCCUGGCAAGCAGUUCCAGAUCCAAGGAUCGAAGCCUUCACAAUGGGUGCUCUUGCGGUCAAAGAAAUUGUUAGUCCCCCACUUUCCCAUUUCCAAUUCAAUCCCUUUGCUUUCCCAGAACCUGUUAUGAAUCCUCUUGCCUUUCGCCCCUCUGCUCCCAAUCACCCUGUUUCCCAUCCUCCCAUUUCCACUCACCCUGCUUUACGUCCCUCUGUUUUCCAUCAUCCUGUUGAUAACCCUCCUGCUUCCACUCACCCUGCGUUCGGAGCAUAUGCUUUCAAUUACCCUGCUUUCAGUCGCCCCUCUUUCCGUCCCCCAACUUUCCACCCCCAGCUGUCCAUCCCAAGAUCAUCGCUACUCCAAAGCUGCAAGGAAAUGCUGAAUGCCGAGACCAUGCUCCGACUAGCUAGCAACCUUGACCCUAGCUACGUCCCCAACUGGGAUCCACUAGACAGCGGCCUAGCCAACCCUGUUCUAGUCGCCGAACGAAGAAACAACAAGAAGUCGUGA